UGGAAAAGAUCCCCUGUACGAUGUUGAAUGGAAGUUGUGACAAUGGACACCUUGAAAAUGACACCUUUUCAAGGACAAAGCAAGAGGAUGACACCCUGCCCUGUGCUCUGGGGGUUUCCCCUGCCAGUCCCAGUAACAGAGCUACAUGACCCUGCUUCCAUUGGUUCCAGGACACUGUCCUCUCCUGUGUGAUGGCAUGCUCACGGACCUGCUCCCGCAUUCUGGGGCUGAGCCUCGGGACUACAGCCCUGUUUGCUGCUGUGGCCAACACACUGCUCCUGUUUCCUAACUGGGAUGUGACCUACCUCUUGAGGGGCCUCAUUGGCAGGCAUGCCAUGCUGGGCUCUGGGCUUUGGGGAGGAGGCCUCAUGGUUCUCACUGCAGCUACCCUGAUCUCCCUGAUGGGCUGGAGAUAUGGCUGCUUCAGUAAGAUCGGGCCCUGCCGAAGGAUGCUUACUGCUCUGUUGUCAAGUGGCCUGGCUUUGCUUGGAGCCUUGAUUUGCUUUAUCACUUCUGGAGUAGCCCUGAAAGAUGGUCCUUUUUGCAUGUUCGAUGUCUCACCCUUCAAUCAGACACAGGCUUGGAAACAUGGUUACCCAUUCAAAGACCUACAUAACAGGAAUUAUUUGUACGACCAUUCACUCUGGAACUCUGUCUGCCUGGAGCCUUCUAAAGCUGUCGUUUGGCACGUGUGCUUCUUCUCCACCCUUCUGUGCAUCAGCCUCCUCCAGAUUCUCCUGGUGGUCAUUCAUUUCAUCAACAGCUUCCUGGGCCUUUUCUGCAGCCUCUGUGAGAAGUGACAGGUAAUGCCCUCUCAUACAUGAGUGUUUUCAUCAUGUGCUGCCUCGAACCUUUCCUGGAAGAGAGGGUACGAAUUACAAACAAAUUUCCCUUUAGGAAGUCAUGUGGUAAUAAUAACAGAUUCCUUGCGUAUAUAUUGAAUGAUACAAUGCAUUUUAAAUCAAUUACUGCAAGAUGAUAUAUUAAUAGAAGAAAUAGUUAAAUCAUUAUUAUUGUGUAGGAACUUAUAGUCCAUGAAAUGUCCUCCAGCCAUGAUCUCAUUUCAGCUUCUCAACAGCCCCAUAAAACUGGCCACAUGUUAGAAAUGAAGUUGAGGCUCCUAGAGGAUAAUGGACGUGCCGCCCAAAAGCACUUAAUUAAGUUCAGGAAAAGUCAGUACUGGAGCCCCUAUCUUCCAAAUUCAAGUUCACCAGCUUAUUAAUAAGGCUGAAUUUUGUGGCUCCCAAAUUCAUAAGUUGAAGCUAUAGCAUUCAAUGUGACUUUGGAGAUAGGACCUUUAAGAAGCUAACUAAGGCUGAAUGAGUGAAAGAUGCUCAGUUAUGUCUGACUCUCUGUGACCCCAUGGACUGUAGCC